CUUCGAUCCUAGAGUACCUGACUGCAGAAUUUCUUGAGUUAGCUGGAAACGCAAGCAAAGAUCUGAAAGUGAAGAGGAUAACUCCAAGGCAUCUGCAGUUGGCAAUCAGAGGAGAUGAGGAGCUUGACACGCUCAUCAAAGGAACCAUUGCUGGAGGAG